CUCCAAAAACUCGUCCGUUAUUUUUGUCAUUUCUUCAUCCUCUUCCCUACUUCUCUCCACAGCCUCUGCCAUCUCUCUCUGUUCCUCAAUCCCUCGUUCUCACAGUCACAGCAUUUCAAGUUUAUCCUCUCAAGAACCCUUAUCUUCAUCUCCAUUCCACUUUAACCUCAAAAUCAACACUUGCAUUACAGAAUUGAAACUCAACACACUCUUUUCUUUCUGGAAUCAAGGCAAAAGGACUUGCAUUGUGAAAAAUCAGGUGCAGACAGCAAUGCCUCUCUCUACUAAGCUUCAAUCCUCGGCUAAACCGGUACCUCAGCAGCGAGUGGUUUUCGGUCCCACCGGGAACAGAGCUAGGGUUUGGGAAGAGUGCAGACGGAAAAGCGAGAUUUUGAAGAAGCCACAGGCACAGCAGAGGCCCAAGAAGCCAGCAGUCAAGGCCACGGUUUCGGAGAUGCAGCGAGCUGUAGUUACGAACAAUUUGUCGGUGGACAGCUCGUGCUCUUCGGAUUCCAAUUUUUCUUAUUCUUCUGCUUCUUCUACUACUACUACUUCGAGCGUGUCUUCGGACAAGCUGGCAAGCCCAAGGAGGAAUCUGAAGCGUACUGGAUUAAGAGCUGUCAAGGUUGUUCCUGAUGGUGGGAUCUCGCCAAAGAAGGACGCGCCGGUGAAGAGGUGUGAUUGGAUCACACCGCAAUCUAAUCCACUUUAUGCGUCUUUCCAUGACGAAGAAUGGGGAGUUCCAAUUCAUGAUGAUAGGAAGCUGUUUGAGUUGCUUGUUUUUUCACAAGCAUUAGCAGAAAUGAGCUGGCCAACAAUUCUCCAAAUGAGAGACACUUUCAGGAAACUUUUUGACAACUUCGACCCAUCAUCUGUUGCGCAGUUUACUGAGAAGAAGCUGUUGUCGCUGAAAGAGAAUGGCAAUCUGUUGUUAUCUGAACCAAAGCUUCGUGCAAUAGUGGAGAAUGCUAAACUGUUCCUCAAGGUCCAGCAGGAGUUUGGUUCCUUCAGCAACUAUUGCUGGCGUUUUAUGAACAACAAGCAACUAAGAAAUGCAUUCCGGUAUGCACGUCAAGUUCCUGUCAAGACACCAAAAGCUGAACUCAUAAGCAAGGAUCUAAUGCAGAGAGGCUUUCGUUGCGUCGGACCUACUGUUGUUUAUUCAUUCAUGCAGGUGGCUGGGAUUGUUAAUGAUCAUCUCGUAACAUGCUUCAGAUACCAAGAAUGCAAUUCAAAUGUCAAAAAGAAUUUCAACCCCGAGAUUGAAGAGACAAAGAUAGUAACUGAAGCAUUGGAGAAGACAUGCUUAUCUCAAUGACCAAGUCGCCGGAACUACAACUUUCUCCUGACUAAUCACACUAUUAUGACUGUAGCAAUAUCAGGGCAGAUGUUCUCCAGUAAUGACUUAGGAUUCCAUUCUGUAUGUUUCAGUAGCAUAAUCUAUUCUUCCACUUGUGUAUCAUUGACCUAAACUAGAUAUUACUACAAUAGAAUUUCUUGUGAUA